GCAUGUGCCUUUCCGGAUCUUACGACGUCAAAGUCUCAGUUCAGAGCUCGUCCUCGUUCUGACAGUUUCUCUCGUGACUCUUUUGUUCAGACGGUGAAACUGUCAAGCGGCUUUCUUGUUCAAAAACAACAGCUCUUGCGUAACAUUAGAGCAGGAUCAUGAAGGUCUGGACUCAGGUGUUUGGCGCUGUGGCGGCAAGUUUAAAUGCAGCCUCAGGAGGCGCCGCCAUUUGCUUCUCAGCCGUGUUAAUCCAUCAACUUAGGGAAGAUGAGGAACUCCAAAUGGACCUUCACGAAGCAUCUUGGAUCCCCACAAUAUUGAUGAUCAGUAGUAUGGCAGCCAGUUUCAUGGGCGGGUGGUUCUCCGAUCGAUUUGGUCGAAGGGCGUGCAUUAUCACUUGGCAAAUGCUGGCCUUGCUUUGCUGCAUAGCAACCUGCCUUGCGCCCAACAAAUGGGUCUUAUACAUGGCCAGAGGAGCGAUUGGUUUUGCCAACGGGUUGUAUUACCCAAUCAUUAGCGUGUAUGUGUCCGAGACGGUUCACAAAUCGCUUCGAAACGCCAUAGGAUGUCUCCCGUCCAUGUUUUUGGCCAUGGGCAUGCUUUCCAGUUAUGUGACAGGGUAUUUCUUCCAUUGGCGCACUUGUGCUUUGAUUGCCACCAUCAUCCCGUCUCUUUGUAUUGUCACCAUGCUGCUUUGUCCCGAAUCUCCUUAUUGGCUAGUGGAACAAGGUCUGGAUAAUAAAGCCAAGAAAUCUUUAUCCUUUUUCCGUGGCAAGGAUUAUGAGUCCGAACUCCAGGAUAUAUUAUACCUGCACAAAAGGAAACUCGCCAACAAUCGCAACGUGACCACCACCAGUUUUUGGAAAUCUUGCGCCGCUCUCAAAACCAAGAGCUUCCUGCAACCAUUUUCAUGCGUUGGUAUUCUCUAUGGCAUUUGUCAGUUCGGCGGCAUCCCUAUUCUGAUCCUGUUCAUGCCAGGCAUCUUCGAAGAGGCUGGUUCCACUCUGGACUCAUUUCUGGCCUCGACCAUGGUCAUGAGUAUCCGUGUGGUGACCGCCGGAUUUGCUUCCUUCGUGGUGCAUCAUGUACAAAAGAAAUACGUGUUCGUGUUCUGUUCUUGGUGCGUUGGGCUCUCUAUGACCACUUUGUCAAUGUUCAACUUCAUCAAGUCCUCGGCUUUGGCCUCGGAAGAGCUAUUGGACACCCUGGAACAUCUUCAGUGGAUUCCUGUGGCAGCCGCCAUAACAGCCAUGAUCUCUCACUCAUUGGGAGUGGUCAAUGUCUUGCAUAUUAUGGCAGCCGAAUCGUUUCCCACCGAGAUCAGAAGCUUUGCCUCUGGAAUACUCCAGACCUUCUUCAGCUUCCUCAAUGUGAUGGCCAUCAAAACGUAUCCCUUGCUCUUGGAUUAUUGCGGUUUCAACAUCACGUUUGGGUUCUACGCCAGUAUGUGUUUCUUGAUGGGACUUUGGGGCUUGUGGAAAAUAGAGCGAAACGAUGGUCUCAGUUUAACCGAAAUUGAAAGGCGAUUGGAUAAAAAUAGCGACGACGAUCCCAACCCAAUUUGAUGGACUGGAACGUUUGUGUUAACUUUUCGAAACGGCCAAGGAUCCCAAUCCCAAGUGAUACUUUGUGCUUGUUUGAUACGAUUGAAUCCAACUUGGUAUGGAGCUGUGCUCUACAGACGUUUGUUAAUUGCUCUUUUAUGUUAUGAGCGAGCCUUGCAAAUCGUGCAAUUCAAAGCUGGAAUCGAAUUUCGAAAAGUGGUGAAAAGAUCAAAUACAGCUUGUUUAGCCCUGA